AUUUUUAUUUAAUUUGUCAAAGGUCAAAACGUCUUUUUCAGUUGCAGUUUCUUUGGUGGGAACUGUUCGAGGCGUUUUAGCUGAUGAUGAACGUGAGCCGGCCGGUGAUUCACCCGGUGGAUGCGCUUCCGGUGGCUCCGACAACCGGAGCGAUCGAUAGACCACCAGUGAGGAUGAAGGAUGUGCAAGGCAUGCCCGGAACCACCGGUGGUCUCAUCCUCCGUCUCUCUCAGUUCGUCCCAGCUCUUAUCUCCGUCUCCGUCAUGGUCACCACCUCCGACUUCCGCUCCGCCACCGCAUUCUGUUGCUUGGUUCUUGCGGUUAGCCUGCAAAGCAUGUGGAGCUUGUCUUUAUUUCUUGUCGAUGCUUAUGCUCUUCUGGUGAGAAGAAGCCUUCGGAAUCACUCUGUUGUUCAGUGUUUCACAAUUGGAGAUGGUGUCACAUCGACCCUUACGUUUGCAGCUGCAUCUGCGUCUGCUGGCAUAACUGUACUCAUCAACGACCUUGGACAAUGUAACGUGAAUCACUGCACAAGGUUUGAGACCGCCACAGCAAUGGCCUUCAUCAGCUGGUUUGCUGUGUCUCCCUCCUUUAUUCUCAACUUCUGGUCCUUAGCCACCCACUAAAUAUAGCACAAGUUCAGAGAAAUCCAUCUUCCUAGUAUAAUGUAAAUAAAGGGUGGUGUAUUAUAAUUUAUCGCUUGAUUAGCAAAUGUUUUGAAACAGAUAUAUUACAUCGGAAAAUCAUAGUACAAGAAAACAGUUUGCUUUCGUGA